AUGCGCCACAUCCGCCUCCUCCAGCCACCCCAAUCGUUGCCGCCGGCGAUUUCCACAUCGUCUCUUUCGCCUAUCACCACCAAAACCACCACGCAAACUACUAUAUUCGCGACGCAGAUGAAGGAUCCGCCAUUGAAGAACGUUACGGCAAGGGAGGCACUUGAUUUUUCAAUGAAGGAUCCGCCAUUGAAGAACGUUGCAGCAAGACAGGCAGGCGCUCCUAAAUGGAUCUCCAAUCUCUGCCGUCUCAAACCAUCUCUCGGAGGAGCCACCGGUGCUCCUAUAUGGACAGUCCACCCACUGUCACCAUCGACCAAUCUCGGCCGUCGCGAGAUCCAAGUCACAGAUCCGCCACUCAGGGUUGGAUUUUCUGCCGCGAUGACGUCGUUGAUGUUCUCUCUGGUCAAGAAUAGCCUGACGGCUCCGGUCUCCACUUUGACUUCCGCCGUCUCCGUACCAACCGUCUCCGAGAUCAUAUUUCUAGAGGAAAUGCUUCCACUUCCCUUCCAUACUUCCAUAGAUAUACUCAGCAGCGGUACUACUCCACUCUCCACUCUCCGUCACCCUGAUCAGACCGUGGCCGAAGUCGCUCUCGAUACACUCUACAAUCGUAGCCCUCUUCGUUGCCAUGAUAUUGGUGCGAUUGAGAAAGUUCAAAACAUUUUGGCACAAGCGAUGAGUUUAAGGCGGCUGUAUCAGCUGCGAAGCAAGCAGUUUCGUUCAUGGAGAAACACACCGAUUACUACUCCGCAGCGCGUUAUGCUGAAGUUUCAAGAGCUUAUACCCAAAAAUAUGGACAAACUUGCUAUGAACAUUACGACCGAGCAAAGGAAGACCUUGAAGGAUGCGCAUGGUGAUAUCUUCUGUGGACUAGAGGUUGUGGAGCAUGCGUGUGGAAUGGCGACACUACAGAUGGGUGAAUAUGUGCCUAAUGUAUCGAAUGGAGUCAAUACGUAUAGUGUUAGGGAGCCAUUUUGUGUUUGUGCUGCCAUUUGUCCAUUCAACUUCCCAGUUAUGAGUCCUUUAUGGAUGUUUCCCGCUGCUGUGACAUGUGGUAAUACCUUCAUUCUAAAGCCAUCAGAGAAGGAUCCUGGUGCUUCUGUAAUGCUUGCUGAGUUGGCAAUGGAAGCUGGAUUACCUGAUGGAGUUCUCAGUAUCGUUCACGGCAACAAUGAUACUGUCAAUGCUAUCUGUGAUCACGAGGAUGUAAGGGCUGUUUCUUUUGUUGGCUCUAACACUUUCAGUGAUUCUUUAGGCUUUUGUGUGAAGCUGGGUGUUCAGAAGAAAGCUUUAGUGGAUCAUAGUAGUUUCUUUGCUAAGAAACUCGCUGCGAAAGACUCGGUUUUCGCUUGUCUUGAGAUUGAGAGCUGUGAAGACGCAGAGAUAUACGUUGAGACUAUUGGUCUUAUGUAUUAUAAAGAAAUGAAUCAACGUCUCAUGAAACAGAACGUAAGCAGAGUCCUUCGUGUCCUCAAGAGGUUCUUGGUUUCAGUUCAUGGACCAGAAUGGAGCCAAUGUAUAGCUGAUAUCUUCAACGAAACAAUCUACACCUCUUGCCAAAACUGUUUCAACUCUGUUUCGUCUCUGUUUCGACAAGCAGAGACCGAUACCAAACUAAUUGCUGUGGAAGCUGAUAACUUGACGUCGCUGCUCGAUGUUUUAGCGGAGAGACAAGCUGCGGAGGAGUUCUCAGUGACAAAAGGAGCUUUCUUUGCUACACGAGAAGCUUCCUUCGAUGUCGCGUUACCAUAUAAGCCUUGUAACGUCUCGGCUCUUCGUAGGGAUCGGAAGAGGAGAGUUGUUGCUUUCGAAAGACACUCAGCUUUUGCUGUUGAGCAUGUGGUUGCAACUGUUGUUUAG